GCAGUGCGUCGGGGGCCUGCGUGCGCACUGACGCACGCUCCGAGUGACUUGGGGCGCGAGCGGCCGUUCUCGUCCUUUCCUUCCGGACUUCGCCAUGGGAACCCCGGAGAAGGACGUGGUGCUGCAGCCCGACGCGCCCGACACGCUGCUGCUGGAGAAGCACGCCAGCUACAUCUCGGCCUACGGGGCCCGCAAGGACGACUAUGAAUACUGUAUGUCCGAGUACUUGAGGAUGAGCGGGAUCUACUGGGGCCUGACGGUGAUGGACCUGAUGGGGCAGCUUCACCGCAUGAACCGCGAGGAGAUCCUGGCCUUCAUCAAGGCUUGCCAGCACGAGUGCGGCGGCAUCAGCGCCAGCCUGGGCCACGACCCUCACCUUCUGUACACGCUGAGUGCCAUCCAGAUUCUUACUCUUUAUGAUAGUCUUAAUGUAAUUGAUGUAAAUAAAGUUGUUGAAUAUGUACAAAGUCUACAGAAAGAAGAUGGGUCCUUUGCUGGAGACAUCUGGGGUGAGAUUGAUACAAGAUUUUCUUUCUGUGCUGUGGCAACAUUAGCACUUUUGGGAAAGCUAGAUGCCAUCAAUAUUGAAAAGGCAAUAGAAUUUGUCUUAUCCUGUAUGAACUUUGAUGGUGGAUUUGGAUGCAGGCCAGGUUCCGAGUCCCAUGCUGGGCAGAUCUAUUGUUGCACAGGAUUUCUGGCUAUUACUAGCCAGUUGCACCAAAUCAAUUCUGAUUUGCUUGGCUGGUGGCUUUGUGAACGCCAGUUACCAUCCGGUGGACUCAAUGGACGACCAGAAAAGUUACCAGAUGUAUGUUAUUCCUGGUGGGUCUUAGCUUCCUUGAAAAUAAUUGGAAGGCUUCACUGGAUUGACCGGGACAAAUUGCGCUGUUUCAUUUUGGCUUGUCAAGAUGAGGAGACUGGAGGGUUUGCAGACAGACCAGGAGAUAUGGUGGACCCUUUUCAUACUUUAUUUGGAAUUGCUGGACUUUCUCUGUUAGGAGAUGAACAAAUCAAGCCAGUCAAUCCAGUGUUUUGCAUGCCUGAGGAAGCACUUAGAAGAAUUAAUGUUCAGCCAGAACUCGUGAACUAGAAUAGCAAGCCUCUUUGCUUUUUUUAAAAUGUGCAUAUACAUAUAGCAAAAAGACACAUUGGUGAAUUGGUCUUAUUUUGUACAUUGUCAAAUUAGUUUUAAUAAAUUAUAUAGUUAUAUUUAUGUUAUAUAUAUGUAUAUAUAUAUAUAUUGUAAAAAAAAAAAAUAGCAACUAUAUCCUAAAACUUGGCUUCAGAUAAUUCACUGUAAUGCUGUCAGAUUCUUAGUGCAAUAGGUUAAUGGUACUUGAAACAUGUAGUCAUUUCAAGAAGCAGGAAAAACACUAGCAUACUUUGUGUGGUAGUAUUUCUGCAUGUGAUGCCUAUGGAAAUUAGUGCUUUAAGUAUUAGUAUUUUUAAUGUGUAAAGGAGGAAUAAAUGUCAUUUGUAUUUCCUGAGCUCUUAAAGUCAAAAGAAAAGCUCUUACGAAGCCUUUAGAAGCUUGUCAUUCUUGUAAACAUGACAUAAGGGCUUGUAAGACUGAUUUGUUCCUUAGACUUGUUUCCUGUAAAUGUGUUAGAAAAAGUUGUGCACUUAAUCCACCUAUUUUGAUUGCAUACUGUACACACCUCAAAAACAUGUGCAAACUGUGAUAAAUUAUUUUAAUGAGUUCAUUUGUAGAUUUCAAACUGGCAUGCAAAAGUAAGAAUAAAAGGGAGUCUGUUCUGAGGAAA